AUGUCACCUUAUCGAUUGGUGUUUGGUAAGGCUUGUCAUUUACCGGUGGAAUUGGAGCAUAGAGCUUAUUGGGCUGUGAAAAAGUUAAAUAUUGAUCUCUUUAUGGCGGGACAGAAUAGGCUUAUGGUGUUGAAUGAGUUUGAAGAAUUCCAAAAUGAAGCUUAUGAGAAUGCGAGAAUCUAUAAGGAGAAGUCGAAGGCCUUUCAUGAUAAGCGAAUAUCGAGGAAGGAUUUUCAAGAAAGAGAUAAAGUCCUGCUAUUUAAUUCCAGACUUAAACUUUUUCCUGGUAAAUUGAAUUCACGAUGGUCAGGACCGUACAUGGUAGUUGUGUCACUUCCUUAUGGAGCAGUGCAAGUUCAUAGUGAAAAGACGGGACAUUUUAAGGUGAAUGGUCAGAGAUUGAAGCAUUACUUGGAGGGUCUGGUGGAAAAAUGCAAGUCCGUGGUCGGGUUGGAACCAAUUUGA